ACGUCCUUGACUUGUAAAUAAAUAAAUACUCGUAAAGAAAAUAGAAUAGAAGGGCUUCAAUUAAGCAAAGUUUAGAACAAGUAAUUAACAAGAUUAGCAAUUGAAGUCAAAUAGCUUGAAACAUUAUCUUGUCUAAUCGCACACAUAAUUCUCUGCAUGGUUCAAGGUUGAUUCCUUAGGAGCUUUUCGAUUGCCAUGUUUCUUCGUCGGGCAACAUUGAUAUUACCUAAAUCGAGAAGGCUGUUUAGUAGUAGUAGUAGCCAUGAUCUUGUCAGCAGUAUCGCGGAGCUUAAUAAGGAGAUGGAAUUUGUAUUUGGUGAAGCUCCGCCCACAAGUCUUGCUGGUUCUGGUGAGAGUCAACCUAUGGGUCAAGAAUCCGAGUUUAAAGCUGUUAAAAAGGUUGAAAGUGAAUCUAAACUGACUCAUAUUAGCGUCAAAGGUGAAGCCCAAAUGGUGGACGUUUCUCACAAGGAUAUUAGCAAGAGGGUAGCUAUAGCUAGCUGCAAAGUAAUUCUGGGUAAGAAAGUGUAUGAUUUAGUUUCUGCCAACCAGGUUGCCAAGGGAGAUGUCCUUAGUGUGGCGAAAAUAGCUGGAAUAACUGGAGCUAAGCAAACCAGUAAUCUUAUCCCGUUGUGCCAUAAUAUUAAUCUAACACAUGUUCGGGUUGAUUUAAAAUUAAACCCAAAUGAUUAUUGUGUUGAGAUAGAAGGGGAGGCUGCUUCAACAGGGAAAACUGGGGUUGAGAUGGAAGCUAUGACGGCAGUCAGUCUUGCUGGCCUGACUGUAUAUGAUAUGUGUAAGGCUGCAUCGAAGGAUAUUCAGAUUACUGAUGUGCGGUUGGAUCACAAAACUGGUGGAAAGAGUGGGACCUGGUCCAGGGAGAAAUGAUGAUUGCUUGAAUAUAUGAUAAUUGAAGUUCAAAGAGCUGGGAGAUAGUAGAAUUACAUGAUACAAUUGGCUUCAACUUUACUCUUUUUUGUGGGCGUUUUUGGCCGUCUCACUUGUGGACUCAUCUCGGAAUUUGCAAUUGUUAUGGAUUUAUGAACUCAAUCUAUUACUGCACCAAAUGUUUGUUUCAAAGACAAAGAUUGAUAAUUAUACAAUACAAAUGUACAAUCACCUAACAUCUACAACAAUUGUGUCAACUGUCUCCUCAAGUGAGACUUGAACAGUUGAAUCCGUAUCUGUUUUUGGUUGUUGAA